UGCUCACCUCACUCACUCCACUCAACCCACUUAACCCAAAAUCCAAAUGUGUGUGUUCUCUCUCUAUAAUCAUGUGAGUGUAUAUAUGAUGAGCUCUAGGCAAAUUUGCAGAGAUCACUCACAUCAAACAGAAACAAAAAUCCUUCAAACUAUUACAACUUCUUCAAGAAAUUAACCAACACUACUUCACCAAAACCACUUUUUUAUUCUUGAUGAUCCUUCCCUUUUCGCCGCUUCACAUAGUUUGAUCUCCUAAAAGAUCACACCUUUUUCUUGAUUUGUGAUCAAGAUCGCAACUUUCGCCCAAAUAUCAAAUAAAAAUCGAUUCUUUUUCGUGACCCAGAAAAAAAAAACAAAAAAAAUGCAAGACCCAUCUCUGUAUUCACAGAUCAAAGCGCAAUCACAGCCUCAAUUUCCAGAGCAAGAACAGCUGAAAUGCCCUCGCUGCGAUUCCACAAACACCAAAUUCUGCUACUACAACAACUACAAUCUCUCCCAGCCCCGCCACUUCUGCAAGAACUGCCGCCGCUACUGGACCAAAGGCGGCGCCUUGCGCAACAUCCCCGUCGGCGGCGGCUCCAGGAAGAAUUCCAAGCGCGCCGCCUCCUCCUCCUCUUCCUCUUCCACCUCCGCCGCCGCCGCCGCAAAACGCCCCUCCGCCGCCGCAGUAUCGUCGCCGGCGAAUGAGAGCAAGAGCGAGACCACCGAGCCGCCGCCGCAGAAGGGGGAGAAUUUCGAGGGGCAGUUUGGGAAUUUGAUGGAGGCGGGCGGCGGAUUCGGCUCUCUCUUGGGCUCCGGAGGGGGGCAUUUCGGUAAUUUCCUAGACGGGUUGGGGGCGGACGGGUCCGGGUUGCAGAUGACGGGUCAGUUUGGCGAUCCGGGUUCGGGUCAGAAUGUGGAGAGUGAUGCUAUUAGCAACAAUGCUGACGGAUUCUUGAGCAUCCACGGCGGAGGCGGCGGCGGCGGUGGUGGUGGUGGAGGAGAGGGUGGUUGUUGGGGUGGUGGAGGUAAUGGUUGGCCUGAUCUUGCUAUUUACACACCUGGAUCAACUUUUCUUUAGUGUGGAAAAAAGGUGAAAAAAUUCAUGUUGAAAGAGAUCAUCAAUCAUUAUUUAUUUUUAUUUUAUUUUCAAAUUUCAAGAUUAUAUAUGUAGUAUAGUAAAGUAAGUAUUAAUGUAAAAUGGUUUGAAUAUGAAAGUCAUUUGGCGAUGGAAAGAUGAUCAAUGCAGUAGUCUUUUUUUUUCUUUGAUGAUUUCAUGUGUGUUUCAUGUUUGAGACUUGUGUACUAGCAAUCUAGCAUUACUAAUUUUGGAAAUGCUAAUAUGUUAUGAAAAAUAGAUUUUCUCUA